ACAUAAAAAAUGAGAGUGAAAAUCCAAACUCGAAUUCUGAUUGGACCGUUGUGGGAUACAUUCAUCCUUCAAUCCAAUCACCACCUUAUCCAUUCCCGCUUUAAUUUCCCCCCUUUUCACGACAGCAAUUUUUUAGACACAAAUCUCCCAUUUCGACGAAUUCAUCUCAUUUUUUCGAAUUCCAGAAGAAAUUGGAUACAAAUUUCUCUAUGGCUCUUCAAGCAGCUUCGUUGUUUCCCUCUACUCUCUGCAUUUCGAAAGAGAAUAAGGGAAUUGCAAUAAAAGAGACAUCUCUGUUUGGAGCUGCGCUGCCGGCAGGAAUUAAAGCUGAAUUUAGCCCAUCUUUUCACAAGCAAGAGUUGAGGAAAAAGCUAUCAAAUGGAGCAAUCAAGGCACAAACAGCAGCCACAGCUCCGGCCACCAACCAGGCCUCCUCGGAGAGGAAGAAAACCCUACGCAAGGGCAGCGUGAUCAUCACCGGUGCAUCGUCGGGGCUAGGCCUUGCCGCCGCCAAGUCCCUCGCCGAGACCGGGAAAUGGCACGUGAUCAUGGCGUGCCGGAACUUCCUCAAGGCCGAGCAGGCCGCAAAGUCGGCCGGCAUGGCCAAGGAGAACUACACCGUGAUGCACCUCGACCUCGCCUCCCUCGACAGCGUCCGUCAGUUUGUCGAGACCUUCCGCCGCUCGGAGAUGCCGUUGGACGCUCUAGUGUGCAAUGCCGCGAUUUAUCUCCCGACUGCCAAAGAGCCGACUUUCACGGCCGAAGGGUUCGAGCUGAGCGUCGGCACCAACCAUCUUGGCCAUUUCUUGCUCGCCCGGCUGCUCGUCCACGACUUCAAGAAGUCGGACUACCCGCUGAAGCGCCUCAUCAUCGUUGGCUCCAUUACAGGGAACGACAACACCUUGGCUGGGAAUGUGCCUCCGAAGGCGAAUCUCGGGGAUCUGAGGGGCCUAGCCGGAGGUCUGAACGGCGUCGGCAGCUCCUCCAUGAUCGAUGGUGGCGAGUUCGACGGAGCAAAGGCCUACAAAGACAGCAAGGUUUGCAACAUGCUGACGAUGCAGGAGUUCCACAGACGCUACCACGAAGAAACCGGCAUCAGCUUCGCCUCGCUCUACCCCGGCUGCAUAGCCGAGACCGCUCUGUUUAGGAACCACAUUCCUCUGUUUAGGAUUCUGUUCCCACCAUUUCAGAAGUACAUCACCAAGGGCUACGUUUCGGAAAAAGAAGCCGGAGACAGGCUUGCACAGGUGGAUGUUGUUGUUGUUGUUGUUAUUGUUGCUGAUGAUGAUGAUGUUGCAUUCUUGAAACUGUUUUUGUGUGUGUUUAAGGUGGUGAGUGAUCCGAGCCUGUCGAAGUCGGGGGUGUACUGGAGCUGGAACAGGACCUCGGCCUCGUUCGAGAACCAGCUGUCGAAAGAGGCGAGUGAUGCGGAGAAGGCGCGCAAGCUGUGGGAGGUGAGCGAGAAGCUCGUUGGGUUGGCUUGACGCCGUGUCAGACUGUCUGAGGAGGCAUUUGGUUAAUGAUGAGCAAAGAAGAUCAAGAAUUCAAGUUUUAGGUUAAGAGACAGAGCCUUGUAAAACAAAUGAGUUGAAACAAUCACAAUCAAGAGAGUUUCAAAAAUGAAAAACAAGUAUCACUUUUUUUAAAGGCAAUGGGGAAGUGCCUCUCUCUCUCUCUAAGGAAAUGUAAACAUAUGAGUUUUUACAAAAGUGCGACUUUUAAAUUUAUUUA